CCGAGGUUUCAAGAGCAGGAUGAACCAACGUGGCCUCGACUCCGCGCAGUCGUGACGUCCACAGCUGAUACAGAACAUAAACAACAAAGUUCUCUUCGAAAGAAUGACUCCCUCAGCAUAUCUUCCACUUUUCUGCUGACCGUGACGCUGAAAAGGAAUUGAGAUGCGCCCAAUGUAGAUUACGUCACCUGCUCGCCAUCACCUGAUUCAGAAAACUUAGGCACGGAACACGAAAUCACGAAUAAGUUUGCUAGUCGUUCACAAAUAGCUGAGGAACACAAGUGCUGGGUACACGAAUCUUGAGAUAAUGCUGUAUUGUGUACUGGUGAGUACGAGGAAUAUCAAUAAGGGAUGUCAAAGCCUUCUCGUACAGCAUCGGCUCGACUGCGGGCUGACUACAUGCGUAUCAAGCGUGACCCAGUGCCUUAUGUGACUGCUGAGCCUCUGCCCUCCAAUAUACUUGAAUGGCAUUAUGUGGUGGAAGGUCCCGAAGAGAGUCCAUAUGCAGGUGGUUUCUACCAUGGCAAGCUGGUGUUCCCCAUGGAGUACCCUUUCCGGCCCCCUAGCAUAUAUAUGAUUUCCCCAUCAGGACGCUUCAAGACAAAUACUCGUCUCUGCCUCUCCAUUUCUGACUUCCACCCAGACACAUGGAAUCCUGCUUGGUCUGUGGCCACCAUUUUGACAGGACUCCUCUCCUUCAUGCUGGAAGAAUCUCCAACGUUUGGCAGCAUUGAGACAAGUGAUUCUGAGAAGAGACUAUUGGCCCAGCAGAGUUUAAGCUUUAACCUUAAGAACAAAAUCUUCACUGAAUUGUUUCCAGAAACUACUGAAAAAAUUGAGAACAAAUUGGCCCAGCGAGAACGGGAGUUGGCUGAGAGAGCCCGGGCAGCUGAGAGUGGGAGGCCGUGUGACCAGGACCCAGCCAGCAACGACAGCAGUAAGCAGAAUGUGGACAGCAGCCAGAUGUCUGCCCUGACCAAUCUUCUUAUUGUGGUUGGCUUUGCCUUUUUUGCCUGGACAGUUUCUUACAUUGUGUCAACGUUAAAUGAAGAAGAAUGAUAGUGCUAAUUAUGGUGCAGUAUUGUAACGUUUUGUUGUAACAGAUAUGUAUUGCACUUGAAUAAAGAAAUUAUAUACAAUUUAGCUUAUAUAGAUAAAUCUGCAUAUUGUGCUAUACAUCAUUCAUCAGUUGUAUUUCCUUCAGGUACGUUGUCAUCGUGAAAUUAAAAGCAUUAUGUUGUGGUGAUAUGUAUGAAUAUUCACACAUCAUUCAUUUAUUUUUUUAUUUAUACUUCAUCUUUCUACACAUAGUCCUUCUUCAACAACCCUUCAUGAUAACUUUAGCCAAUCAUGUGUGUGAUGGAGAUAAGAAGUAUGUGUAAUACAUAGUAUUUUGUCAACUUGUUAUAUAUGUCCUUCAGUAUAAGAAAUACAGAAGAUGAGUGUUGUGUCAACAUUUUCCCUUUCUAUACCUUGGACUGUAAUUUCCCUCCUGCUCGGUCUGUUCCUUCUACUUUUUGAUAACUGUAAGGACGAGCAAGAGAGUGAAGAAAGUUUGAAAGGUUAUCUCUCAGGCACCAGUUGAUAAAUACUGCUCUUGAAUCUGUUACAUCAGAUAUAGAUAUCAUAACACAAUUUUAUCAGGGGUCACAUUUCUUUGGUGGGAUAUGGCACCAGGGAUGUUGUGGCAUCAGAACCAUAGGAGUCACUUACUGUAGUUCCUCUUCAUGCAUUUUCUCAUCUUGUGAAGGUUAACAAAGAGUAUGUGUUGUCUCAGAUUAAUCAUUGCACUUCUUCUGAUUUCUAGUGUAUGACUGUUGGGUUGUUGUCCUUUCUAGGGCACAUGAAUAAGCAGGAAUUAUUUAAAACCACAAUCUUUGUAUGUGCAGUAAUUGAGAUUUAAUUUGAAUGAGACAUCCACAGAGCAAAUUGUACAUAUAUUUUUGUGAACCUGCUGAAUGGGUAAUAGAUUUUUUUCUGUAGAGU